GUCUGUGAUGUGUGAUGUAAAAGAAGAUGUAUCCAAAGUUUCAAGAUCCCGACGACAUGGUUCACAAGAUCCAGAGGAUGACGGGAGCAUCCUCAUGACAGGCGUGAAGCUUGGAAAGCAGCUCGAUGGCAUUGUUGAUCAGUGGAAGGUUCUGGCAGAUUUCUGGACAGAGAAGAUUCUGUACGUCGCGCCAUCGGAUAACGUUAAGGCACACAUGGAAGGUCUCGCCAACGGAGGGGAGCUUCUGACGCAUGUCUGGGCCCUCCUUACUCAUGCUGGCAUCCACAAGAUUAACAGGGAGGAAGAUAGGAACAGUACCAUGCCAAGCCAACCAUCUCAAGGAAGUGUCUAAUUUCAAUUCAAGCAGCUCGCUUUUCUGUCUCUUCUUGCGCGCGUUCUUGCCUGUUUUCUUCCUAUGGAUCUACUUGAAACAUUUGUUUCUGUUGUAUUGUAUGAUCUAAUUAGUGUGGAACUCCACUCUGCCGGUGUGCUUCAUCUUUAUUGUCGAUGUAUCAUUUGAUUAUUUUCAUCUGUAACAAGGAUUGCAACAUUUUAAUAUAUUUGUAAUUUAAUAGUGUGGAAUUCGUGCUAUUCUACUCGGC